CUUUUGCUUCGUCGGGGAGAGCUCCGGUCACAGCACCAGCGAAAGCCCAGACGCUUAAUAUACGCCACUCUUUAACACAGAAUGCUAUCCACUGAUACGCAGUGGCCUCUAUUAGCGACAUCACAUCAGGACUAGCUAUGGGGACUACUAAGACAGCGAUGAGAAACGCUCUCCUCGUAAUUUCCUCACUGUGCUAUUCUGUUUUUUCACUACCACACGUCGUUUAACUAGCUCAAGGCCUUGUCACCGGUCUCAGUGCGCCCCAAUUCGGUCAGGAUCAGGAUUAUGUUCUAUGCUCAGCCUCCAUGGGCAAAUUGAGGUUUGCAAAGCCCCGACCACUAAAUCCAAAACCAAAUCACAAGAUGGACGCCACCAAGUACGGAAAAGCAUGUUUUCAACCGCUUGAUUUCGUCCCGGGCCUGACUUUUUGGAUCUAUGGAGGGAAUUUUCUUUACGGUGCAGUCGCAACUAUGUAAUGGCUCGGCGAUCGUUGGGCAUACGAGUACUUCCUUCCGGCAUCUCAGCCCCAUUUUCUGACAUAAAUAUGACGCUAUUGUCACAAUAUUCAGAACGAAUCUAUCAUCUACAUUACCGUCUAAACGCCUUUGGUUUCCUUGGUGCUUACACCAUAUGAUCAGUGCACUGAAAUGGGCGCAAGAGAACAUCGGAGCUUUUGGAGGAAACAAGGAUCGAGUGACUGGUAAGUUCCUUCCUGAUCGAUUUGCAAAUGACCAAUGUGGACAACUGUCACCUGGCGAGUAUCAAUGUGUACGAUAGAGUAUUGUGCUCGCUGCCUCAAGAUGAAUGUCCAAAAUGAAUACCCAAGACCCAAUGCCAGGCAUGACACGCCACCCGACCUCACACUUUCGGCCGCGGAGCACACGUCAGA